AAACGCCACGUGACACACGCAUUGCCAACCCACCGCCGAAAAAUGUAAAAAUUCCACACCUGUCUAACGCAGUUCCGGUGCUAAUUAUUAAAAAAACAUGAAUAAUGUAUGAAUGACCACACGAUUCCCCAUUUGCGUAGUGCUGUUAGUGCUUAUCACCUCAUCCGAUAACCCAAUUCGUCCCCAUUCCAUGAAAAAUGGCCAAAGUGAAGGAAUACAAAGGUAAACCGCGCCGCAGGAACGUGUGUAGGCAGCUGCGAGUCAUCGCGCUCAUCAUGUUCGCCCUCCUGAGAUACUACUUGGAUUUUCUCAUCGACAAGCUCUUCGGGCUUUAUUACAACUCGAAAGUCAAGAUAAUCGACAAACCGCAGAGUAAGCUGGUGGUGGAGAGCGUGACGACGCUGGCGAGGAAAAUCCGGAAGCGGGAAGUGACGUGUGAGGAGGUAGUCCGGGCGUUCAUUGACCGGAUCCACCAGGUGAAUUCCCUCUUGAAUGCAGUAGUGGAUGAGCGCUUUGAGGAAGCGAUUGAAGACGCGCAAGCUCUGGAUAAAGACAUCGCGGACGGGAAGAUCAAGCAAGCGGAUUUUGAUAAUAAACCGUUUUUGGGGAUUCCAUUCACCACUAAGGAAAGUACGGCUUGUAAAGGUUUGUCCAACACUUUUGGUCUUCUCGCGCGCGAGUCUUUCAAGGCCGAAUUCGAUGCCGACGUCGUCGACAAGGUCAAAAACGCCGGCGGGAUUUUAAUCGCGGUGACUAACGUUCCUCAGUUAAAUUUGUGGCAGGAGACUUUCAACCCCAUUUAUGGUAUCACGAACAACCCUUAUAACACCACUAGAACCACCGGGGGUUCGUCCGGGGGCGAAGGCUCGAUUAUUGCGGCUUGCGGCUCCCCCAUGGGCAUUGGUACCGACAUUGGAGGGUCAUUGCGCAUUCCCGCUUUCAUGUGUGGGCUUUUCGCCCAUAAACCCAGCUGCGACGUCGUGUCCACGCACGGGUUGACAUUCCGCACCGGCGAAGAAAAAAACACCAUGGUGGUGGCCGGACCCAUGGUGCGACACAGCGAAGAUAUCAUUCCGUUUUUGAAAGUAUUAGGUGGGGAGAACGUCGCCAAGCUCAAACUAGACGACGAAGUCGAUAUUUCCAGUAUUAAAGUCUACUACGUGACGGACCCCAAGGACCCCAAAGUCAGUCCCAUCCGGGACGAAAUGAACAAAAUAUUACUCCGAGUCGUGCGCCACUUCACCCAAACCAACUCAAAACCGGAGCUGGUGAACUUCGAGGAGUUGAGUUACGGGGGCAAGAUUUGGAGGUACUGGAUGACCCAAGAGCCCGACACCAAUUUCAACCGGGACUUGACCAAUCGCGAGGGCGAACUCAACUCGGUUGUCGAGUUGUGUAAAUACGUCAUCAGAUGCAGCGACUUUAAUAUCGCGAUUAUGUUUAAUCUGAUUAAUGGGUUGUUGCCUGCAGAGAACGAAGAGUGGGCUGUGGAGACAACUAAUAUUAUUUAUAACAAGUUGUCGACCCUGUUGGGGACGAACGGCGUCCUUAUUUACCCCUCGGCCCCCUGGCCUGCCAAUUAUCACUAUUCUGCUGUUCUCAGGCCGUGGAACUAUAAUUUGUUUGCGAUUUGGAACGCGGUCAAGUUUCCCGUGACGCAGGUUCCUUUGGGGUUGACUGACGAGGGGCUGCCGCUGGGGGUGCAGGUGGUGGCGCCCCCGGGCCAGGAUCGACUCACCAUCGCGGUGGCCAAGGAGUUGGAGAAGGCGUUCGGGGGGUUCGUGCCCCCGUUUGAAAUGUAGAUGCUUGGUUUGGUGGGGGUGGGGGUAAAGGGUGAACAAGUACUACUUAAUUAGGUGCUAAGUAAUGUGAUGUUUGCUUGAUAUUUAAUAAAGUAUUUUAACUA